AUGGGGGAAGAGUUCCGAAAUGUUACGAUUCCCCAAUUUUGGAUCGACAAUGGAUUUACUGCGGAGACCCUCCCGAUUUGGUACAAUACUCUUGCCGUCAUCAUGAUUGCAUUCUUUUUUAUAUCAAUCAUAAACUGGACGGUGGCCUACAUCGUCCGCAAGAAGAUGGAUCCCCUUAAACAUUUUGGAGCGAAACCGAUGACAUCGCUGGAACGAUACGCUCAAGCAUGCAAAUUCGGUCAAGAACCAGCGAUGAAUUUUGUCUCAUCAACCCUAGUAACAAACGACCGAGUUUACGUCAUCAUUCGACUGACGAUCGCCAUCUGGUCUCUUUCACUCACUGCAAUGAUCAAUGAAGGUUUAAGAACUUGGAUCUUUGGAAGCUAUUUCCCGCUUGCUCUCGUUUUGAGUAUCUAUGUCAAUUUCAACAGGCACUUGAUUAUCCAAGGUUUUGGCUCAAAAGCUCAGACAUGCAACAAGAUAUUGUCAUUCAUUUUCAACUUACAGGCCCCAUUGCGACUUAUUCUUUCGCUCACAAUGUGGACAAAAUGGUUUGGAACAUCUCGAGUGCGCGAUAUUUCCCGACGCAUGGAUGCUUCAAGAUUCAUUCUCUUUAACAAAGAGUUUGCUCCCUCGCUCUUUUUGCUUGUCGAAUUGCUGUGGUUUGAUACAAAAGUUUCCUAUUUCGGAGUUUGGGCGCCAGUAUUUAUCUGUUGUAUUACUGGAAUUUCUCUUUUGCGAGCGAUGAAUCCCGAGCCUCCACAAGCGUCCCUAGCCAUGUUUAAUCGUCCCUACUCAACGACCCUUCAUGCAUUUAUUUUCUUCUUUGGAAUAAUAGUCAUUCAAUGGGGUCUGGCAUCAAUCUGCCUGUUCAAAAUUUGGAUCUUCAAGAAAAUCCCGGUUAUUGGCGAAAGACUUACCACUAGACAGAAAUGCGCUGCUGUUUUCAAGAAACGACAAGCCUUCAAUUAUUAUUUCAAGGGAACCGAAGUGGCCAAGAAGCGAAAAUCAACUGCCGCUUCUGAGUUCGGAAAUAUCGGAAAAAGAAUGUCAACUGGAAAACGAGUCAGUACGAUGGAGCGACUAUAA